GUAAAACCACGCAGGAGGUGGAGUCUGUGACACCCGGUAGCGUCAAAGAACAAAGCCGUCUUGUGAAGUGCCGUCUUAUCGACUAACAGAAGAGUGACCUUUGUUCCUGGAAGCGGCAACCCACUCUCCAUCAUGGACUGCUGCCAUCCAGAGCCUGGUCCUGGUCACAGUCACAGGAAACCAAAGCCUCUCCCGGAAACAACUAGAGACAAGCAGGAACCCACCGCAGAUGAUCAUUCAAAUCUGACAGAGACAGAGAAGUCUGAGAUAGAAACUAUGAGGAAUCACAGAAAUGAACUUCUGGAAGACAUCCAGAAGCUGAAAAAGGAAAUUGCAAACGUCAUUGCUGAAAUUGAAGAUUUCGAACAGGAAGAAGAAAAUAAAAACCUUGAGCGUGGAAAACAGCUUUAUAAUGGGAAAAAGAAGUUUAACAUGGACCCCAAAAAGGGAAUUGAAUAUUUGAUCAAUAAUAAUCUCCUGGUUUGGGAAGCCAAAGCUGUUGCAGAAUUUCUCUACAAGGAAGACGGCCUGAAUAAAACAGCCAUUGGAGAUUUUCUGGGGGAGAGAGAAGAUAUGAAUAUUAAAAUUCUCCAUGCAUUUGUUGAGCUUCAUGAAUUUUCUGACUUAAACUUGGUCCAGGCGCUCAGGCAGUUCCUGUGGAGCUUUAGGCUACCUGGUGAAGCUCAGAAGAUUGACAGAAUGAUGGAGGCUUUUGCCACCCGCUACUGCAUAUGUAACCCUAAUGUUUUCCAAUCUACUGAUACAUGCUACGUGUUGUCCUUCUCGAUCAUCAUGCUGAACACCAGUUUGCACAACCCUAAUGUCAAAGACAAGCCAUCGCUGGAAAGAUUUGUGGCCAUGAACAGAGGCAUCAACAAUGGAGGCGACCUGCCUCAGGGGCUCCUAGAGAAACUUUAUGACAGCAUUAAGAAUGAGCCCUUCAAAAUUCCUGACGACGAUGGGAAUGACUUGACCCACACCUUCUUCAACCCUGACCGUGAGGGCUGGUUAAUGAAACUGGGUGGACAAAUCAAAACCUGGAAGCGACGAUGGUUCAUUUUAACUGACAGCUGUCUCUAUUACUUCGAAUACACAACAGAUAAGGAACCCAGAGGAAUCAUUCCUCUUGAAAACCUGUGUGUCCGAGAGGUGGACUAUCCCCGAAAACAACACUGUUUGGAGCUGUACAAUCCCAACAACAAAGUUCAGAAAAUCAAAGCAUGCAAAACAGAAACUGAUGGCAGGGUGGUUGAAGGAAAACAUCAAUCUUACAAGAUCUGUGCCUCUUCAGCAGAGGAAAGAGACGAGUGGAUCAAAUCCAUCAGGGCCAGCAUAACCAAAGAUCCAUUCUAUGACCUAGUUUCAGUAAGAAAGAAGAAAGUGAUCAGCCGCGCAGCACAGAAUUAAUGAGGAAGUCAGAAGUUUUCAUGGACACGUUUCUGAAGUCAAAACAAAUCUACCACCACCCCACGUGCCUUGAGCACAGCAGGAAAGCCCGCUUUAGGAAGACAAUUUGAGAACAACUGAAAAUACUCUCCUAUGUAAGAACUUGACCUGAAAUGUUAUUGACGCAAGACUGAAGGGAAAGAGGUGGGGACCAGCUUUGUGUGCGAUUGUACUUGUGCACAUUCACGUGGGCAUGAUUUGGACUUUACCUAAUUUAACUUUUUGGAUGCACUUUUUAAGAAAAUGAUUUCAGCAAAAAAAAAAAAAAAAUUGCAUUAUGUGGGAUGAAUUACAACAAAAAAAUUCAAAAACAUUUUGAUGGUUUCUGUGAGUUGGGAUUUACAUUUACAUUGAAGUGGUAAAUCUGCAACUGUGUAUAUGUUCCUAAUAUACUGCAUUAGUGUUAUGUGUAUUUGUUUUAAUAAUAGAUUAUAUAUUGUAAUAUAUUGUCAGUAUUAUUGCAUAAAUGCAUUUUUAUUAUGUGUGUCAUAAUGUGAAACAAAGAGUGGGCAGAAUAUUCUAUAUUAAGACUUUUCAGUUCUGGUGUACACUUUAUAUCAAAUUGACUCAAAAAUGUAAAUAGUUCUUCACUCAUUUUGGUAAUAAAUUAUA